AUGAGUGGUCUCACCAUCAGCCCCGACCUAACGGUUCAAGACACCAUCGUCCUCCAGAACCUUAUCGACGACAUCAAGCGCUACGACGACAAGCACUUGGCUCCCGCCGACGGUGACGAGGGGUAUGCCAGCCAGGAGUCAUUGGACGACAAGUCCAACAAAGAUGACGAGCCCUGCCGCGGGGUGUCGUCCCAGAGGGACGCCAAGGACAUCCGCAAGCUAAAGGGUCUCAACGACGCCACCAGCCCGGACUUUGAGCCGAGCGUGCUGUCCUCCGUGGACCUCCGGGACCUGCCGGCCAAGAUCCCGGCCGCCCUCCACCGCCGCGUCGUCCUGCCGUACGUCGCGUGGGCGCGCAAGGUCGUUCGCCACGAGACGGACGUCAUCAUGCUGACGCACCUCGUCCUCUACCUGACCACCUCGGUGCCCAGCGCCGUGAUGCUGUUCCGCAGCUUCAGCUACCUCCACGCCGUCCUGCACACGGCGCUACAGUUCCACUACAUGGGCACCUACACGCUCAUGAUGCACCAGCACAUCCACAUGAACGGCAUCCUCUCCAAGGACAGCGCCGUCCUGCGCGUCAUCGACGCCGUCUUCCCCUACGUCACCGACCCCCUCAUGGGCCACACGUGGAACACCUACUUCUACCACCACGUCAAGCACCACCACGUCGAGGGCAACGGCCCCCACGACCUGUCGUCCACCAUCCGCUACCAGCGCGACGACCCCCUCCACUUCCUCCACUACGUCGCCCGCUUCUUCUUCCUCGUCUGGUUCGACCUGCCCCGGUACUUCUUCCGCAAGGGCCAGCUCAAGAACGCCCUCAAGACGGGCUUCUGGGAGCUCGGCAACUACGCCGUCCUCUACGCCCUCUACCGCGUCAACCCCCGGGCCACCGGAUUCGUCCUCCUCGCCCCGCUGCUGCUGCUCCGCCUCGGCCUCAUGGUCGGCAACUGGGGCCAGCACGCCUUCGUCGACGCCGACGAGCCCGACUCGGACUUUCGCUCCAGCAUCACCCUCAUUGACGUGCCGAGCAACCGCUACUGCUACAACGACGGCUACCACACCUCGCACCACCUGAACCCCCGCCGCCACUGGCGCGACCACCCGACGUCCUUCCUCCAGCAGAAGAAGACGUACAUCCGGGAGAAGGCCCUCGUCUUCCACGACAUCGACUACCUCAUGAUCACCGUCCGCCUGCUUCGCAAGGACUACCUGCACCUCGCCAAACGCCUCGUCCCGGUCGGCGACCAAAUCGCCAUGACGCUCGAGGAGCGCGCCGCCAUGCUGCGCCGGCACACGAAGAAGUUCAGCGAGGACGAGAUCCGGGAGAAGUUCCGCGGCUACAAGACCAACUAG